AUGACUGUUUCAUGUGAUCCCAAGUGGUGUGCAGACACUAAUGGAGAUGGCUUCUUCGAUGACAGCGAGCUUGAAGCUCUCUUCACUAAAGAGCUGGAGAAGGUGUACAACUCCGAAAAUGAAGAAGACGACAUGGUGGAGAUGGAGGAAGAGAGACUGCGAAUGAGAGAGCACGUUAUGAAUGAGGUGGACACCAAUAAAGACAGACUCGUGUCACUGAGCGAGUUCAUGGCGGCCACUCAGAAGGAGGAGUUCUUAGAGAAAGACGAGUGGGAGACUUUAGAUCAAAACCCCCUUUACAACGAGGAGGAGCUGAGAGAGUACGAACAGCAUCUGGUCAACGAGGAGAAUGACAUCACCAUGAAGUCGGUGGAGCUGCAGAAACAGAGGGAGGAGCUGGAAAGGAAACAGGAAGAACUUAGUGCUCAGAAGUUGGGGCUCCAGCAGGCAGUAGAAGAAAUGGAAAGGAUAAAAGCUGAGGUCAAACAGCCGGGCGUUCCUGUAGCUGAAGGUGGACCAGGAAACAGUCAACGUCUGCCCCCUGCUCACCAGCAGCAGGAUGUACCUGUACCAGGACACUCUUAGCAAUACUCUGUGUGGUGCCAGUGAGUGUGUGUGUGUGAGUGUGUGUGUGUGUGUGUGUGUGUGUGUGUUAGCCUAGUAAUGAUUCAAAUGUUCCAUUUUUGUUUAGAUUUUUCAAAACGCCACUUUGACACAAACAUGUCUAAAUAUUAAGAGCACUUAAGAGAAUCUGAUUUCAGGCUUCAGAUUUGGUGCCAGGGCCCACGAUGCCCGAUGUGGGCUGCAUAAAUCAGAACCGUGGAGCUGGUCCAGUUUUCUUCGUGAACAAUCGACCCUUUUGUUUUUGUUAUUUUGAUCUCGUAUCACAGCAAGGACUCUGUUCUCCACGGGAAGUGCUUUGGGGUGAAAUGACCUGAAAAGUGAACGUUUUUGUUUAGUGCACACUGUACCUCGUUGUCUCUUAGAGGAUAAGGAUUUAUUUAUUCCGUUAAAUAGAGCUGAUUGGUGCAUAACAAUGAAUGUCAGAAACUUAACUUGAUAGUUUAAGUAGUGCUGCUAGCUAAAGAAUGACAUAGUAUUAUUUACACGUUUCACGUCGUGAUAUUUGAAGCAAACAUUCUGGAUCUAUAGGAUAAUGUUCUUUCUUUAAUUACUUGUUUUAAUUUCCUUUUGGUUUCAUGUUUUUAAAAUGUGACCAUGUGUGUUGCUUUAAAACGUAAGCUUUCAAUCAAUAUUUCAAAAUCAAAGUAGAUUUUGUUCUCUUAUACCUCUUAACUGUUUUAGAUGAGCUGUGUCACGAUUCUCUUCAGCAAUCAUUUAGUGUUUCAGACCUUCUGCCGUAAAACUCUUUUAUUUUUUUAUUAAGUUUAUACCUACAUGAAGUUCAUAUAUCCGAUGACUGCAGAACCUAUUUAGUUUACAUUUGAAGUUACAUAGUAUAUAUUAAAAUCCUUUAAUUUAAUAUAAUUGUGCUGCUGUUAGUGACGAUUGUUUGGAUUCUAAAAUUGGUGUGUCUGUGCAUUUGUGUCAUUUUUUCAUGAUAGAAUAAUUAUUUAUUUACGCGCUACAACAAAGAUGGGAAAAUGUAAGUAAACUCCAAACAGAGCUAGUCACAGGGUCAAAGAUAGGUAAUGUUUUGAGAAAUGGAGGUACAAUAGUUAUGUCCUUUCCAAAAAUCUGUUAAAUCUGUCCACCACCCAACGUCGUGUGUGGGGAACUCAUGAAACUGUUGAACAAGGUUUGAAUGUGGACAAUAAAAUGAAUGAGCUUGCA